UUGGCCCCCCUCGAACUUUGAGGCUGAGGAUAUAUCAUUCGACUCGAAACCAAGUCUUACAUAUCUUCGUCUUCUUCCUUCUCCUCUUCCCUUCACUUCACUCUUCAGCCAUGUCUUUCGCUCUCUUCAACACCCUCAACGCCCCCCACGCAUGCCUUCGCAUGCCCAUCGGCAGCAACAAGCUCUUCCAGAUCCCUCCUCCCGCUUUCUUCAAGCUGCUCCAACCCCACGAUUCUCCUCCUCCGCCGCCGUCCCUAUCGCGACCCAUCGCCCCGCGGCCCGUCGUCGCUCUCUGCGCCAAGAAAGCGUCGCAGGGCAUGAAGGAGCAGAAAUGGACCCACGAGGGCAUCAUCGUCGAGUCGCUACCCAACGGCAUGUUCCGCGUCCGCUUGGACAACGCGGACGUGGUCCUUGGGUACAUCUCGGGGAAAAUCAGGAAGAAUUUUAUCCGUAUGUUGCCUGGGGAUAAGGUGAAAAUCGAGGUGAGCCGUUACGACUCGACGCGAGGGCGCAUCAUCUACAGGCUUCGCAACAAGGAUUCUGGUGAUUAGUAUCCAGAUUAUGCUGGAACUAGAAUUGGAGAUGCAAAACUAAAUGUGGAGGAUAAUCUGUGUGUGCAUGUAAACGUGCAAAUACUUGUUCUUGAGCUGACUCAUUUGACCGUCUGCAUCAGACACAUCGAUAAAAUUAAAUAGGGAAUCAACAUAGACUGUGGAGAACUUACUGUAAUACUUCUAUUUAUUCUCUAGCGUUAUACUCCGAAUCAUAUAGCUACAGGGAGAAAUCAUUACACUGGUAAGUGUUGAUCGACAUAAUAGGAUAUCCUAAUAUGUUGAGCUCUCAAGUUCAUCAUUGUGCUCAUAUAUAUGACUCUAUUAGCUCCU